UGUAUUGAUAUCUUUUAUACUCUACAUGUCCUUUUUGUAGUUUUGCUCCCUCUUUCUCUCUCUCUUCCUCAAUAAACAUCCACAAACAGAAACAUAAUUAAGAGGGAGGAGUAACAAGAUAUGGACUCCUGUGAUCCAUUUCUUUCUCCAUUUUCUGGAAAUAUCUUUUCUUCCCACUUUUUUCUUUUCAAAUUUCAUCAAAACUAUUCCUUUCUUCAUCACCUGCAUCAACUUCCUGCUCUCUGAUCUCUACUUUCUUUCUCUUCACCCACCAAUUUGAACUUGGAACACACAGAAUUCAGGGUUAGGAAAAUAAAAGAAAUGGGUCAUUGGUCAUCAAUGUUUAAUGGGUUAGCAAGAUCAUUUUCAAUAAAGAAAGUGAAGAAUUCAGGAAAUGGAGUUGUAGGUAGGGAAACUGCAGAGUCCUUAGCAAAGGAUGCAAAGAAGAAUGAUUUGAUAUUAAGGUCUUCUGGCAUUGUUAAUGUCGGCGGGUCGAAAAACUUCGCCUCAGUAUGCACAAGGAGGGGUCAAAAGGGUGUUAAUCAAGAUUGUUGCAUUGUUUGGGAGGAAUUUGGAUGUCAACCUGAUAUGAUAUUUUGUGGGAUUUUUGAUGGACAUGGUCCAUGGGGUCAUUUUGUUGCCAAGAAAGUGAGGGAAUCGAUGCCACCAUCGUUGUUAUGCAAUUGGCAAGAAACUCUUUCUCAAAUGGUGCUUGACCCGGAAUUUGAUCUGGAUGUAAAUAAGAAGAUGGAUUGGUUUAAUAUUUGGAAGCAAUCUUACUUAAGGACAUGUGCAACAGUUGAUCAAGAACUUGAGCAACACAGAAAAAUCGAUGCAUAUAACAGUGGGACAACCGCCCUCUCUUUCGUGAGACAGGGUGAAAAAAUUAUCAUUGCUAAUGUUGGUGACUCCCGUGCUGUAUUGGGUACUACUUCAGAUGACGGUGACUUAGUAGCUGUGCAGCUCACUAUCGAUUUUAAGCCUAAUUUGCCUCAGGAAGCUGAGCGAAUAAUGCAAUGUAAUGGGCGAGUAUUCUGCUUAGACGAUGAGCCAGGAGUGCAUAGGGUGUGGCUACCUGAUGAGGAGGUGCCAGGUCUAGCAAUGUCGAGAGCUUUUGGGGAUUACUGCAUCAAGGAUUUUGGCCUUAUAUCAGUGCCUGAAGUGACACAAAGGAAUAUUACCAGUAAAGACCAGUUCAUCGUGCUGGCAACUGACGGGGUAUGGGAUGUGGUAUCCAAUCAAGAGGCAGUAGAGAUUAUAUCUACGAGCCUAGAUCGAGGCAAAGCUGCUAAGAAACUGGUAGCUCACGCGGUCCGAGAAUGGAAGCGAAAGAGACGAGGGUUUGCAAUGGAUGAUAUAUCAGCAAUAUGCCUCUUUUUACACUCUCCCUUCUCUUCAUCUCAAUAACCCCAAAGCCCAAACCCUCUGUAAUGCUGUAAUCAUCUCAAAAAUAUCACACAGCUUUGUAAUGUAUGUGUCAAUUCUGCUGUGGUUGAUCUGAUCUGAUCAGUAAAGUAAAAUGUGUGAUUCAUGUGAAAUUUAAUGUCAAAAUUCUCUUAUCUCUCUA